AGGACUGCUGCGCCAUGUGUAGGAAAUACGAUCGACAGUAACUUCCAGCUUGCCAUGGGCCACAUACAAUGUAGCUUUAUGACCAGAUAAGGCGGUUUGUAUGGUACACAUGACCUAGAAAGUGUACAUAGAGGACAACAGAAUAGCAAAAGAUGGCUUCACAAACGAUGUGUCCCUCUAAAAUAAUAAUGAUGUAAACAGAGUGUGUUCGUUUAGCUGGAUCAUGUGGAGAUUCUCUCUGAGUGCAGGCUACCGAGGCUUUGUGUGCAGGAUUGUUGGACCAAAGGGACUUUGGGGCUCCCGUGUGGUGCAUACAUGCAGCGCUCCGGCCAUACCUGCAGGCCGGAUCACAGCACUUCAGGCGGUGGAUUUGUGGAAGAAACACUUCGCGGAGAGAGGCGUGAUGGAGCCCGACCACUCCAGCCUCUACAUUAUUGCUCACCUGCUCGGUGCUAAAACUAUAGAAAGUCUUGGGCAGGAGAAUUUAUCAGAGUUUUUAAGCCCAGAAAAAACCGAGCAGAUGUGGAAGCUCUGCUCUAGACGCCUAUCCAGAAUGCCUGUGCAGUAUGUGAUUGAGGAGUGGGACUUCAGAGAUCUGACACUGAAGAUGAGACCUCCUGUGUUCAUACCAAGACCCGAAACCGAGGAGUUGGUUGAACUCGUGCUCACUGAUCUGGAGAUGAAGCCCGGCUCUGGAAUCGGUGCAGACGGCCAGCAUACAUGCUUGGAAGUGGGAUGUGGCUCUGGUGCCAUUUCUCUGAGUCUGCUGAAGAGUCUGCCUCAGCUUAAAGUUACCGCUCUGGAUCAAAGCCAAGAUGCAGUGGAUUUAACAAGAGAGAAUGCGUUGGGGCUUCAGGACAGAUUACAGGUUCAUCGUUUAGAUGUAAUGAAAGAUGCAGAAACGUUGUUAAGUCUUUGUCGCCAUGUCUCAACUUUGGUCAGUAACCCCCCGUACCUGUUCUCAGAGGAUAUGACCACGUUGGAACCUGAAAUAUUUCUGUUUGAAGACCAUGCUGCUUUAGAUGGAGGUAAAGACGGCCUGAAAGUAAUCAAACAGAUUUUGACUCUGGCUCCUCAGAUUCUAUCAAAUCAUGGGCGUGUUUACUUGGAGGUGGAUCCCAGACACCCCCCGCUCAUUCAACAGUGGGUGGAGGUGAAUGUGGAAGAGAUGCGUUAUGUGGAGACUCGGCACGACAUCACCGGCAGGCCUCGAUUUUGCAUCCUUCGGAAAGAGACGUCAACCGAGUACCACAAGCUGGAUCUGGAUUGAGAAACUGAGAUCCUAUUUCACUGGCUUUAGCCUCAGCUCCCCCACCCCCACUGAGCCGCCCAGCACAAGCCCACACCGAUUUCAUUACUCCAAAUUCACCAUUUGCAGAGGCUCAAAUCAUUUGCAUGUCUCUGUUGCACUUUUAACCUGGUAACAUGUGUGAUCACAUCCUGCGCCACGGAUAAAAAGAAAAAAAGAAACGGUGUGCGAGGCGGCACAAAAGCAGGCUGAAAGCUGAAGGUAAUUACUGAAGCUUUUCUUAGAACCCUCCCUCUCAGAAUCUCACCCUCCUCCCAGGAAGCAUUCAGCAGUUCUGUGAAUCCGCUGAUGAACGGUCCUCCCAUUCGCUCGUCGACUCGCUGAGUCAGAUGCAGGCUGUACGCAUUGUUGAGCAAAAACACACACACACACACACACAGACACAAUGUGGCUUUUACUUCCUCACACAAUCUGCAUCUCUUACACACUUAAAGCUCAAAUUCUUUGUGUUUCAAAGGUGAUUUGAAGGCGGAACAUAUUUCGUAACAAGUGUCACAAGAGCAAGUCAUCAUGUGCCAUUAAAUAAAGAUGAGGAUGAUGAUGAUGAUGAUGAUGGACAGCCCUUCUCUUUAUCCUGUGAAUAAAAUGUGCUAGUUGUAAAGAGAAAAUGAUUUUAAGGACAGCAAGUUGGACUCCAAUCGAUUAUUUUAAUAGAAAAUGUACACAUGUAAAAGGUAGAAAAAAUAAAACGCCGUGAAAGAUGUCUCAAUGGAAUCAGUGUACUUGUUAGGAACAGUAUGCACUUCCAGAACUGAUUAUGGUAAUACAGAUAUGGACAAUUUCCACAUCCAUCAUGAAAUAAAGAUUACAGUACUUAGA